AUGACUGAUACUGUCAUUGACAAUAAUAGAGAUGAAGAUUCGCUUUUAUUACUUCUUCGAGAUGCUAUUGUACAACAUUCACCAUUAAAUGAUAUUAAACUCAUUCUCAGCUGUAAAUAUGUAAAUAUAAAUGGAUGUGUUCGUCGUGGUCUUAGACCAAUACAUUAUGCUGUAUUUGAGAAUGAUAUCGAAGGUGUUCGACUUCUCGUUGAAGACUAUAAUGCAGAUGUUAAUGUACUUGAUGAAGCUGGUUAUUCACCGUUACAUUUAGCUGCGAAAUAUGGCUAUAUUGAAAUAAUGCAUAUAUUAAUUGAUCAUGGUUCUCUUGUUAAUUUUCGCAAAGCAAUCAAUGACACUCAAACUCGUGCGUUGAUUGCACCUUUUUAUGAUGUGAUGACAGAACCAUUGAGUCUUUGUUUGGAAAGUAAUCAUCUUGAAUGUGCAUGUUUGCUGCUUCAGUGCGGUGCUGAUGUUAAUCAACAAUAUUUUCUUGGCUAUGAAAUUAAUUUAUUAUCAUUUGAAAAUCACAAUUCAUUGGAAUUAAUUCUUAAAUACGGUGCUAAUCCAGAUGCUCUGUCACGUAGUGGUAUUACACCAUUAAUAAAAGCAUGUCGAGAAGGAAAUUUAGGUGCAGCCAUUUUACUCUGUCGUUAUGGAGCUAAUGUUAAUUAUGUCACAAGAAAAUUUCGACAAAGAAACGCUCUUGUUACAGCUAUUGAAUCUAAACGAAGUGAUAUUGUCGAACAAUUAUUAAUUUAUGGAGGUUUUGCGAACAAACAUCCUGAGUUGUGCAAUUCUCCAUUGGAAUUAGCUAUUCGAAAAGAUACAAUUGAAAUAGUUCGACUUUUAAUCGCUUUUAAUGCUGAUACAAAUGAAGAGACAAACGAAGAUGUCGAAUGUACAACACCAUUAAUUCUUGCUUGUCAAUGUUCAUAUCUUCGAGAUCAAUAUAGUAUCGUUAAAUGUCUUCUUGAAAAUGAUGCUAAUCCAAAUCAAUCUGUUUUGAAUACUCCACACCACCAUUUUCAACAUAUUCCCUAUCGAACUCCACUAGUUGCUUAUGUUAAGCAUGCUCACGAACGUCGACUUGAUAUGCGUAUUGUUCGGUUACUCAUUGGUUAUGGUGCACGAAUAUCAUUUUCACGUGGACGAGAUAGUGUUCUUCGUUUUCUACGUCGUUUACAAUCGAAUCCAUAUUUAAUUGAAUUAUUGUGUGAUGCAGCCUAUUUUUUUCAUCCAAGUUAUAUAGCUGAAUGUAGAGAACUUGAUGAAAAAACAAAAGAAGAAAUCUAUCGACGCGCCACAACACCGCAUACACUAAAAAAUAUUGCACGAAAACAAAUUCGAACAAAUAUAUUUAAUUCACCGAAGAAAAUACGAAUUGAUCGAGCGAUACAAAAACUUGAUUUACCCAAUUUUCUUCAACGUUAUUUACUCUUCGAAAAUGCGUAA